UACUUGGAAAUACCUUCCCAACAUCCGUAUGUACUAACUUGAGUUAGCUACUAAUGUCAUUAAUUAAUAAGGAGAUUGUGUAGUUGGUGUUGAUGGAUGUUUGUUCAAGUCCAGUGAAAUAUCGGAUACAAAAACGUCGAGGAUGCGAUUGCUGUUGUUGCUAUGCGCGUUCUCUGUUGCUAGUGGCAACGAGGCAAUAAAGAUAACCAACCAUUGGAAUGGUGGUUUCCAAGGUUACUUCCGACUCAACCCCACCAACGCCCUUCAUGGCUGGAGAGUCAAACUUAUAUUUGAUAGGGUUAUACAAAAACUUGAGAUCUGGAGAGCUGAUGUAGUGCCCCCCAGCGGAACAACGGAGUGGACUGUACAAAACAAGGAUUUCAACAUCGACAUCGCUCCCAACGCCAACUACCAGGUUGACUUCGUGGUCCGAGCUGACGGUGACCAAUCGACUGCGAGUGGGACUUUCCGCAUUGAAGACGAAAGCAAUUCCGCCACUACAAGAGCAACGACACUACCAACGACACUACCAACUACACUACCAACGACACUACCAACUACAACGCAAUCAUCCAAUGGAGGGUCCAGUAUGAAAUACGAUUACGCGAAUGCCCUAAAACUAUCCAUCCUGUUUUUCGACGCACAGAGGUCUGGCCAACUCCCUUCUAACAACCCCAUUCCCUGGAGGGGCAACUCUGCUGUCAAUGACGGAGAUAAUGGACACGACCUCAGUGGAGGUUGGUACGACGCCGGUGACCAUGUUAAGUUUAACCUGCCCAUGGCGUCUUCAUCCUGGAUUCUAAAUUACGGUUUCCUGAAGUUCACCGACGCCUACGAGCGAUCUGGACAGAAGAAUAUGAUGUGUGAAAUGGUGAAAUGGCCUCUCGAAUACUUCUUCAAGAGUUGGAUUCCUAGCCAAAAGACACUCUAUGUACAGGUUGGAGAUGGCCAUACAGACCACAGUUACUGGGGACGGCCGGAAAAUAUGAAUAUGCCCCGUCCAGCUUUCAAAGUAGACGAGCAGUGCCAUGGUUCUGAUGUCGCUGGGGAUACCGUUGCUGCUAUGGCGUCCGGCUACCUUGUGUUUAAGGACAUAUGUGGAGACACGACAUUCUCAAACAGCCUUCUUACGGCCGCAAAGAGCUUGUAUUUAUUCGCCAAGAACAACAGAGGAAAAUACACAGACUGUGUCAGCGCAGCGGUAGAAUUCUACAGGUCAACCGGCGAAGCGGACGAGAUGGCAACUGCUGCAGCGUGGCUAUACAAAGCCACAAACGACAGUAGCUAUUUAGAUGACGCAAAAAUGUUCUACCCUGCCGGAACAGCGUGGGGUUUUUCUUGGAACGAUGCCAAUGUCGGUGCUGCUUUGUUGUUGUACGAAGAGACGAAAGCAAGUAACUAUCAGAAUGACAUCGAGAACUUCCUGCGCAGCUACAUGCCCGGUGGUAGUGUACCAAUGACCCCGUGUGGAUUGUCCUUCAGGAACACGUGGGGGCCAAAUAGAUAUGCCGCUAAUGCGGCCUUUAUAGCUACAGUUGCCGCUGCUAACGGCCUUUCCCCCAACGACUACAAGAUAUACGCCAUGUCGCAGAUCAACUAUCUUCUUGGAGACAAUAAACUCCACAUCAGCUACGAGAUUGGGUUUGGGAACUACUUUCCUAAACAACCGCAUCAUCGAGGAAGUUCGUGCCCCACCUCGAGUACCACGUGCGAUAUCAAUGCUGAAGGAGACAACCCUAACCAACUCAACGGCGCGCUGGUUGGCGGUCCCGACCAGAACGACGCCUAUACAGACAGUAGACAUGAUUACGUGAAGAAUGAGGUGGCAUGUGAUUACAAUGCCGGCUUCCAGGGAGCUCUUGCAGGUCUGUAUCAUUUCUCUGUGAACAACGCUCUGCCAGCCGCUCCUGUCCCAAAAUGUUGAUUGGAAAAUGAUCAAAGACUCGUGUGAUGAAUGUUGUGUUUUGUCGGUGAAAAGGCGACAAGUGUUAAAAGUGUAACCGUUAAACGAUAACAUACUAUUUUGAUAUAUUCCAGAAUGCUAUGUUUAAUGCAUGUAAAUCGUUGAAUGGUAUAUUUUGAAUAUGUAUUCAAACAAACGCAUCAACCAUUUUCACGAGCAGGCAUUGGAAGUUAAAGCCGAUUACCAUUGAUCGUGUAAAUUCGUAUUAAUUUUGCAGAUUUGAAUAUUAGAGAUUUUUAUCUGG